AAGGAACCGUGCACUUUGAUCAAGGGGCAAUUAAAUAACGAGUAUAUAUGACAAACGUAAAUCAUUUGGAUGGCUUAUUUUCGUGCUCGUUCGAUUAAUUUAAUCACCGCUAGAGGAAACAGAGGAUUCACGUGCAAGAGUAAGGUUGACGAGCUUGAACUUGUUAAACGUUCCACAAACAGCCAUCGUCCGGUUUCUGAUUGCGUAACUUAAUCGUUUGCUACGAUUUUAACCUAAUUGUUUCAUCCUGACUACGGUUUUGCAUGUCGGAGUCGAGUUACUUUGCAAUUCGCAUCGAUAAACGAUAUUAAAAAAUUUUUAUUUCUUAUCGUUAGAUUCUCUGAAAUAAUUUUCUAACAAAUCAUCAGAGUUAUUUAUUAUCGUUUCAUCGAUGCGUUCGUUGGGUCAAACGAUUUCUUUCACCACGAACGAUUCUUCCUCGAGGCUCGUAUUAAUAGGGAGCCCACAAUGUCAAUGACCAAAUAAAAUUGUUUAACAGCCGGCCGUGUCGUCGCUGUUACGUCGGGUCAGAUGCGGCUUUGUACGCGAUAAGAAGUACCAUUGACACAGAUAAAUGACUGCCAAAUUUCAAUUGUCACGCCAGUCGAGGCUGUGUCAAGGGUUCGGUCAACAACUUGAAAGAUUUACCGGGUGAUUCAACCCUGUUGCUUUCGGAUACAACAAUGACAAAUUUCAAAUUUUUUAUUCUAAUCUUCACGAUUCGUUUUUAAUAUUAACGUAUACACACGUCCAGCACCGGUUGCUCGUUCGUGUUCGUCCCAAGAAUCGUGCGAUCACGAUCAUUACUCAAUCAAAAAGGAAAUCGCGUGACUUUACCCUGUGCUUCGUACGCUAACUAGAUAAUGAUUUCCUUAUUUCUGAAAAAUUUCUACAUUUCUCAGUCCUCGCAAGUUUGAUUCAGUUGAAGAAAAAAUUUGCAACCGUUUCCAAACUCCAUAUAUCGAUGCAAAUUUUUAAUGAAACAAAUGAAACAUACGAAGUUUCGUUCUUCCACCGAAGAUGUCUGGAGACAGCUCGAAUCCGAUCAAUUGAACGUUCAGAAACGACGAAGUGAGAAUGCACUUGCUGUAUAUAUAACCUUCAAAGUAACAGGAGAAAAUUGAGCGACCAAUAACCAUGGAGAACGCGAAGGAGGAGACGAUAAACAUGCAGCUGAUCGGUUCCGAGAGUCCGUACAAAGUUAAUAAUGAAAUCGCCGGAAGUGGUCUAAAUCCAUCGGAAGUGCCAACAUCGCCAACCGCAAACGUAGAAGACUACGAUCCCCAUAAACAUCGAAAUAGGCCAAAUCCAACUUCAAAUGCGGAGACGCUUAUACAUUUACUGAAAGGAAGUCUUGGAACAGGGAUUUUAGCGAUGCCGAACGCAUUCUGCAACAGUGGACUUGUUACCGGUGUGAUAGCCACAGUGAUCAUUGGAGUGUUAUGCACUUAUUGUUUGCACGUACUAGUGAAAGCUCAGUACAGACUGUGUAAACGGUUAAGAGUUCCUAUAUUGAGUUAUCCAUUGAGUAUGAAGUACGCUCUCGAGGAAGGUCCUGUGUGUGUCAAAUGGUUCGCACCUUAUGCACCAGGACUCGUAGACGGGUUCAUGAUAGCGUAUCAAUUGGGAAUAUGCUGCGUUUAUAUCGUAUUUGUAGCGUCGAAUAUCAAGCAGGUGGCAGACCAGUACUGGGAACCUUUGGAUGUUAAAACCCACAUGCUCAUUUUAUUGCUACCGCUGAUUUUGAUCAAUUACGUUAGGAAUCUGAAGUUACUGGCGCCGUUCUCCACCCUCGCGAACAUAAUCACGUUCGUUGGAUUGGCUAUGAUCCUGGUUUACAUGUUUAAGGAUUUACCGCCGGUUAGUGAGAGAGAGAUGUUCGGUACACUGAGAAAUUUCUCGCUUUAUUUCGGCACGACGUUGUUCGCUUUGGAGGCUGUCGGGGUGAUCAUCGCGCUGGAGAACAAUAUGAAGACCCCGCAGUAUUUCGGUGGAUACUGCGGUGUCCUGAACAUAGGAAUGACGGUCAUCGUGGCUCUGUAUAUUCUUAUGGGGUUCUUCGGUUACAUAAAGUACGGGGACAAGGCUGGCGGCAGUGUUACUUUCAAUUUACCCGCGGAUGAAGUGAUGGCACAGAGCAUCAAGAUCAUGUUUGCUAUCGCAAUUUUUAUCACCCACGCUCUUCAAGGAUACGUUCCUGUCGAUAUCAUUUGGAACACUUACUUGGAUCAGAAAGUACAGAAACGAAAAUUAUUUUGGGAAUACGUGUGCCGGACAGUUAUCACUUUAGCGACGUUCACCUUGGCCAUAGCUGUACCCAGGUUGGGUCUCUUCAUCUCCCUCUUCGGGGCUCUCUGUCUCUCCGCCCUUGGCAUCGCUUUCCCAGCAAUCAUCGAGAUCUGCGUCCUCUGGCCAGACAGAGAAUUCGGCCCGUGCAUGAUUAUGUUGUUGAAAAACAUUUGUCUGAUCGUGUUUGGUCUCCUGGGUCUGGUGAUAGGCACCUACGUCAGCAUCGUCGACAUCGUUAACUCCUUCAAGUGAAACUUGUGUAAGAUCAGGCAGGAACAAUUGAAGGAAAGCAGACGAAGAGAGAGAGGCGAGUAAGAGGUGGAGGGAAAUGUUAUGUAGCUUCUCGUCUCAGUUUAGCUUAAACACCGGUGAUUUACAAGGAAAGCUCCUGAAAUGAUACCCUCCUAUUCGAAUACCAGAAGUCAAACUCCAGAAGAAACUUUCAAAUUAUUUUGAAUAAAUAAAGAUCCGAAUUCGUUGUUUCACACUUAAUAUUGCUACUAAUAUAAUAAUGAAAUUGUUAGAUUUAAAAUGUAAAAUCUGAGGAUACCACCUCGGGAGCUUUUCUUGUUAGGUAGACAGUACAACGCAGGGUGCACAGGGUCUUUUAGAAAAUUGCGAGCAGACCAGCACACCUUAAACAAAGUUUUUAGAUGUUUAACUACGACCAGGAGUCGUGUGGUGUUGGGCAAAAUAAGCAUGAAACGGAUGUCGGAUGAUUGAAAGAAUCACUGGUGGAAAUCAAGUAAUUUGUAUUUUGCAUGUGCUUGUUGGUGGUGGUGUAAUAUUAAGUUGUUCAGAAAAUCUUCAUCAUCGAUCUUCAUCAUAGAACUUUCUACUGCUUUCUCAAAAAUAAGAGCCAAGAUUUUCUGGACAAUCUAAUACAGUUGUUUGACAAAUUUUCAUGUAUAUUGGUAUGAUGGGAUUAAGUAUGUUAAAAUAAUGCAUUUUUUUGCAAAGUUAUUCGAAUAAGCGAUGGAGAAUAAUUAAUUAACAGGUUUUAAUUUUAAUAAGAUUUUUGAACCUUAAGGUUGACUAUCUAUACGGGUGCAAUGUAGGUUUCUCUUGCUUAAGGGAAAAAGGUAGAGAAUGGCACCCUAGAAAAUUCUAGGAAGAGCCUAAAUUGCACACGACCGUACAUCGUCCAGUAUAGUGGCCUUUUGUACAUAAGAACUGUUUUAUUACUGCUUAUUUCUUCAAUGAUUUUUAAACAUGACUUACAAUUCAACAAUCUGCAUAAAAAACAUAAGAUUUCUAUGAAACUAUAUAAUAAACAUAAGGAAAUAUUUCCCUUUUGAAUUAGGGAUUCGAAACAUCAAAUUAGACUGCAUAUUACGCUACUUAAAGGUGUUAAUUAGAAUGACAUAUAAAGACGAUGCCUAUACCAAUUUCUAAUUGCUCGUUAGUCGCACUGCCAAAGAGUAAUUCGGCAGAGAAAUCUUCUCUGACUGCCUCUUUUUAUCUGAAAGUAUUUUAAGCGAAUAGAGCUAAAUAGACAAUUUAUAAAAAUAACAUUAGAUAACUCUUAAAAGGUGAAAUUGAAAUUUUCCUAUUCGAAAGGGAAAAUUAACACGAUAGAUAGAUAGUUUCAGCAAUUAACACUCUAACAGUUAGUGUCACGAAUUAGUGAUUUAAGUUUCGACAAAUAUUUUGCUAUUCGAUUUCCAUCAACGUGACUAACUUUCGUCUGAUCAUCAACCUGAAAUUAAACACCGCGUAACUUUCUUUUUUUUUUUUUAUAAACAAUGCCCAGCACUAGACAGUAUACAAAGAAACUUGUGAUCGAAGACUUUGUACAGGAAUAAAAAGUUGCAUUUCUAUCGAAUUGUUGAUCAUCGUUGAACGAGUGGGGGAGAUCUCUCCAUUCGGUUGGCUAAGUGUUGAUAAAGGGUGAAAGAUUUGAAUGAUUUCAACAAUAAGAGAUAAAAAGCGUAGUCCAUCGUUAUGCCUUAUUUUUUAUUCGACAUGCUCGAGUACAACGAUUCGCAGCUGCGAACCAAGUAGAACAGGUCGAAGUUGAAAGUUGACACCGUGAAAAUAAAAUAAAUAAAUGUAAAUCGCUACUUCUGUACCGUCACUGCCGGCAACUCGAUCACGAUGAUAAAUAUCGUACGAAUCGUCGAUCGAUUCGAUCCGAUGAAAAGGAUUUUUCCUCUUUUCUUUUAUCUAUUUUCUUUUUCCAAUUAUUCAACGGUGCUAUGACGAUCGCACAAUUAUUUAGGAUGUUUAUUCGUUUCUAUUUUAUGCCUCAUUGUUGGAUAAUCCAAGGAAAAAUUGAAUUAUCGAUAAACGAUCGUCAAGUUUGGUAGAUUUCUAAAGAUUUUCGUAAUAGAUCUGCAUUUUCUGUGUAUAUUUUAAAGUUGAAAAUUUUUUGUUCUUUUUUUGGUCAGUGUAUUUCUGAUAAUAAUAAACCCUCUAUUCUUA